AUGGAUUUCAACUCUCCUUUUAUUCUGCAGUGCUUGCUGGUGAUAAUAACUGUUACUGAUGGCUCUGUCACCACGACUAGUGUGCUCAGCGGCAGCUCAGCAAUGUUUUCUGUAGGAAUUGAAAACCUGCAGAACCUCUCCAAAAUGAGCAAGGACAAUGAGAGAUGCUUCGUAGAUAUGGUAAAUGGUACUUGGUUGGCUGGCUGUGGCACACGUUACAGACGUCUGAACUUGCAGAAUGGCUCUCUAGUGCUAAGGACUGUGGAGAAGGAGGAUGAAGGAAAUUAUGAAUUUGUUUUUAACAACAUCAGCAAAUCCUUUGCACUGAAAGUGUUUGAGCCAGCCAUUGCUAUCCAGUGCUUCCCCAAUGGGACCGGAGAGUUGUCCUGCAACGUGCCCAGCAACGAGAGGAUGAGAUUUGAGUGGCUGCUGAAUGGCAGUGAGCUGAAGACCUCCGAGGCUUGCAUUAAGGAUGGUGGGAAGAAGGUUCGCCUGGACAAAACCAUGCCUGGGGAAUUUGUAUGUGAGGUUCACCACAGGAACAGCGUCUCGAGGUGCGGGCCCAUUGUGCUGUAUUGCAACUAUGGAGACCUGCUGCAGUACCCGUUGUUCAUUUACAUCCUGGCAGGAUGUGCAGGGGGUGCAGCUAUCCUGGUGGUGGUUGUGUCCUCAGUCAUCUGUUGCUGCAUGAAGAGGAAGCACAAGUUCAUCCCAGUGCCUUCAGAGGAUGAAAAGGAUGACGGAAUAGCAAUGUCAGUGGUCUCCAGUGAAGCUGUGAAGAGCCCCCCCAACGGAGACCAUGUGGAGGCUCAAGCUGCCCAAAUCGACUGCCCUCCAGUGCCGGACGCUGCCCAGAUUGGUCCAGGCACUGAGCCCCCACCCCUGGUGGAAGAAAAUUUGCCAGUGGUGGUAGAACCUGAGGAAAUGCCAGAACAGGAGAUGAUAGGUUAUGUGGAAAGCCAGGAACAUGCCUCAGACUGUUUCCCGGACCCAACUGAUGACUGA